GUGAUAGAUCCCCGCGAAGGGCGUCUGAUUUUUCGCGACUACGCCCAUCUCGAUCAUGCUCAGUUGCGCUUCGGUCGUGGAAAUAGGCUUGACUCUAAAGUGUCGGCGUAUGCUCGCCAAGACGGUACGUUGGCCUAUUUCUUCCAGCGUAGUGAACUUGUCCGUCUCUUUUCUGAAGCCGGUCUAGUUUUACAUCGGUUGGAGCUUAUACGUCGUUCCACUGUUAACCGUGCCAAGGUGCUUAUCAACGUUGGUCUUUCAAUACUAGAUCUUGCCUAUUUCGACUUUUAUCGUGUGAUUAUUAGGCAAACAAGUUCCUGUCGACCCCAGGAGGUUAGGAUGAAUUUGCUCUGGUAUGUGGUUGAUCUCGCGAUUGUGCUGACCCCCGCCCUCGCUUUCCGCGAUUGA